AAUUUUGAAAGUGAUUUAAAACGAUUGAUAAAUUUUUUUAUGUAUAUCUAAAAAAUCGGUGUUGGGAAACUGAAAUAGCUGUCCAACUUCAUAAGGUUGGCAGCAGUGUAAAGGUCUCAAAAAACACCUUUAAUUAAGCCCCUUGUGGAAGCGAUAGAGCGACUGUUUCGUAUCUAAUCAUCUCUUUCUCGCAUUUUGAAAAGUACAUAACGCGCGAUACAAAAGAUUCCUACAAGAAAGUUCCAAGUGGAAGUCAGUUGUAGACGAUAUUUCGUGCGAAGUGGUUGUACGGUUCUCCUACACCUCAAAUUUCUUCAACUUUAUAUUACAUCUGGUUGUUUUGUGAAGUGUUUGUGUUGUUUUUUUUUAUCACUCCAACAUUACGAAACUAAUAAUAGAAUAGACAAUUUUUCCUGUGGGGACCUUUUAAACAAGAAAUCAUACCUAUAUAGUAAAAAUCCUCCCUAAAAGAGCCAAAGUGUACCAAUAUAUUUUUGUGAAAGUCACACAAUACACAAAAACUUGUUUAUAUGCGCCACAAAGAAUUCACAUAUCCAGCAUAUUUUAGAAGAGAGACAUAGUGUGUGAGAGCCCAAAACGUCUUUUGGAAACUCCAAAUUCAACAGCAGAGUCAUGUUUUUGGAGAGCUCAAAUGAAACUCAGGGAAGAUCAGUGAAAGGAUCUUAAAGUGCACAAUGCAAAAGUGAAUCAAACAAUUGAACUUGUUUUUAACUGUGUAAGAAGUGCCUGAUAUUUGCCCAGUGAAAGGGUGCAAUGAUGCAAAGCAACUUGUGCUUUAAAUAGACCUAAAACCAGAUCACGCAGUGCUAUAAACAUGGGGUUCUCAUCGGCACUUCAAGGAAGGGUAGCUCAUGAAGCGCUGCUCUUGCGUCUAGACGCUGAGCUAAGACUUCUGGAUGCCAUGAAACGUUGCAUCAACCAGAAGGCAAAAUGUGACAAGGAUUACGCAAUUGCCUUAGGCCAAGUGGCCCAGCAAGGUCUCAAGGUGGACAGAGCCGAUGAUCUGCAUGGGAGUCUCAUUACGAAGGCCUGGCGAACACUCAUGGAGGAAGUAGAACAAACAGCUAAACAUAUAAAAUGCAAUGCUGAAUUCUUGGAGCUUCUGUGCCAGGACAAAUUGACUCAGCUGUACCAAGACAAGCGAAAGGCUCGAAAGACAUAUCAAGAGGAACAUAGUCGUAUUGCAACUAAAUUUAAUCAUCUCACGGAAGAAGUGGCAAAGAAGAAGACAGAAUACCAAAAACACUUGGAGUAUUACAAGGGUCUUCGGUCGAGAUUUGAAGAGCAUUACAUUAAAGCCGGAAGAUCUGGGCGAAAAUUGGACGAUGUCAGAGACAAAUACCAGAAAGCAUGUAGAAAAUUACAUUUAGCCCACAAUGAAUAUGUUCUACUGAUCACUGAAGCUGUGGAAGUAGAGCAGGAUUUUAGGACAGUUCUUCUACCUGGUCUUCUGGAGCAUCAACAAUCACUUCAAGAAGGCUUUAUUCAAACUUGGAAGAAUAUUCUGCAAGAAGCUUGUCAACAUAGUGAUUUUACAUCAGACAAAUUUAGAGACAUACAGAAACGUAUUGAACACAGUAUUGUCCACGUUAAUCCAGCCGAAGAAUAUAGGGAGUUUACGGAGAAACACAAAACAUCUCCGGCAAAUCCGAUCAUCUUUGAGUUCGAUGAGGCAUUAAUUGAGGACACAUUGGGUAAACUCCAGCCCAAUACACUAACUGUGGACAAUUUAACGGUGGAUUGGCUACGAUCACGUUUAAGUGAUCUUGAAAAUUCCGUCAAAGAGACUCAAGAGAAGCAAAUCAAAUUGGCAGCUGAAUCUGGCACACAAACCCCAACAAUGCAGUCAAAUAAUGGUAUCAAUGGAAUUGGCAAAGAUGCCAACAAGUAUUCUAAAGAUAUCAAUGCAUUGCGAUGUCAGGAAAAACAGACACUCAAAUUAGUCGAUAUGAUUAAGACUGCACUCAAUGAUUUGGGCUGCGAAGAACUACCAUCUGGAUGUGAUGAUAUAUCAGUAGAGCAGAAUUUUAUCGAGAGCACCCAUGUUGAUCAACCGGUAACACCAAGUUCAUCAUCAUACAUUUUCCAAAAAGGAGCUGAAGUCAUGAGCCUUAUUAGAUCGCCAUUCAGGCGAAAAUCUCAACCACUUCCGACACCAGAACGAACUCCAUGCUCCACAAGAGCCUCCCUAACAACACGAUCACUUAGUAGUCUAGCAUCAUCCUCGAUGACUCUAGCCACAAAUCGGCCCCUUUACGAGGAGGAAUGGUUCCACGGUGUCCUGCCACGUGAGGAAGUUGUGAGACUGCUGAAGAACGAAGGAGACUUCUUGGUCAGAGAAACCAUAAGGAAUGAGGAGAGUCAGAUUGUGCUCAGUGUCUGCUGGAAUGGACACAAACAUUUCAUUGUCCAGACAACAGCUGAGGGCUAUUUUAGGUUCGAGGGACGCUCAUUCCCGAGCAUACAGGAACUUAUAAUGUAUCAGUACACCUCAGAGGCCACAGUAACCCAGAGAUCCGGAGCUAUUCUCCGGAAGCCCGUCCUGAGAGAACGCUGGGAGCUAAGCAAUGAUGACGUGGUGUUACUAGACAAGAUAGGCAGAGGAAACUUUGGGGAUGUCUACAAGGCAAAGCUGAAGCCUUCAAAGAAGGAUGUAGCAGUCAAAACCUGCAGAAUGACCCUGCCAGAGGAGCAAAAAAGGAAGUUCCUCCAAGAGGGACGAAUCCUCAAGCAAUAUGACCAUCCGAAUAUUGUAAAACUAAUCGGGAUUUGUGUACAGAAGCAACCCAUAAUGAUUGUCAUGGAACUAGUCCCUGGAGGAUCCUUACUCAAUUUCCUGCGGAAGCACAAAGCCACUCACACCUCAAAGCAACUCAUCUCAAUGUGCAGGGAUGCUGCAGCUGGGAUGAGGUACUUGGAAUCUAAGAAUUGCAUCCACAGGGAUCUAGCAGCUAGGAAUUGUCUCAUUGGGUAUGAGAACACAGUAAAGAUCUCCGACUUUGGGAUGUCUCGUGAAGAGGAGGAGUACAUAGUUUCUGAUGGAAUGAAGCAGAUCCCUAUCAAGUGGACAGCUCCUGAAGCUUUAAAUUUUGGCAAAUACACUUCCCUCUGUGAUGUCUGGUCUUAUGGGAUUCUCAUGUGGGAGAUCUUCUCUAAAGGUGAUACUCCCUAUUCCGGAAUGAGCAAUGCCAGAGCCAGGGAACGAAUUGACGCAGGAUACCGAAUGCCUGCUCCGGAACAAACCCCUCCCGAAAUGUACAGACUGAUGCUGAGAUGCUGGUCAUACGAACCAGAAGCCCGUCCGCAUUUUGACGAAAUCUACUCUAUUGUGGAAAAUAGUUGCUAACAGACUAAAGUGCCAAUACUUUUCUGUGAAAAUGGCGUACAAUGAACUCCCUGAUCAUCCGGAAGCAUCCCCAGGACACUAUUUUUUAGGUUAUGUUGAAAAUCAUACAAUUUUUACACGAAAUAAAUUUAUAAAUAACUUGCUUUGUCAGAGACAGUGCAUUGUUUUUAACGCAAUAAAUGUAAUAUUUUGAAAAUUCAGUAAGAAUUGAGAGAAAUAUUAUGGAAAAUGUACUCACGACAUCGAGAACUGAUCCCUCUAUUUAUCACUUGCAGUAUUUAUGUAAAUUUAUACGGAAACACAAAAUUUUAUGCAAAAAUAAAGAAAACACUUCUUAAA